AAAGCUUAUGAAGCAAAGACAUAUAAGUAUAAUAUUGAUGCUAAUAAUUCUAAAGCAAAAAAUUCUGAUAACUUUUCUUAUAAUAAGGCAGUUGAAAAUAACAAUGCUGCAAGUAUUGUAAAAAGACUUUGA